AUGGGGACAAUCCGCCUGAGAAGCACAAACCCACUUGAGCAUCCUAUCAUCGAGCCAAACUACCUGUCUCAUCCCGAUGAUGCCAAGACUUUAGUUAGAGGUGUUCGCAUCGUCCAGAAACUUCAUCAGACAAAGGCAUUCAAGGAAAUAGGAGCCCAGCUUGAAGACACACCCUUCCCGACAUGCAACACUAUGAAGUAUGACACUGAUGAAUACUGGGAGUGUUACGUCCGGGCCCUGGCUACAACAACCUUUCAUCCGAACACCACUUGCAAGAUGGGGAAACCAAGCGACCCAACUACAGUGGUGGAUCCUCAACUGAGAGUAAAGGAUAUUGCUGGACUGCGAAUCGCGGACGCCUCCAUCAUGCCGGCCCUCGUGUCAGGGAACACCAAUGCCCCGAGCAUCAUGAUUGGAGAAAAGGCGGCGGACAUCAUCAAAAGCAGCAAAUAA